AAACUUGACCGGACACCAAAUCCAAUAAUUUUAUGUUCUUUUACCUUAGAUCUAGUUCCAAAACCAUCCUAAAUUUUAGCUCUCUUGUCCGAAAGUCUCCUGUUUUCUUUUUCAAUUAAUGAAAAGAACUCACUUUCCUUAUUCAGAUCGAUCAUGGCUUUUACUGCCAAUCCUCAUAAUCUCAAUCAUUUCACUCACUUUCCUUCUCUCAUUAACCUUCACCCAAAAUAAAUCCACUUCAUUCGAACCCGAAUUUUCCUUUCAAGAACCCAGAUUUUCUUUCUCCGGACGGGAUUACGGCCGGUUACCGAGGUUACCCAGAUUUGCUUAUUCCAUAUCGGGGACGAAAGGUGAUGGGCCGCGCGUUAAAAGGUUGUUGCAGGCGAUUUAUCACCCGAGGAAUUACUAUUUGGUCCAUUUGGAUCUUGAUGCUUCGGAUUCGGAGCGGUUUGAGUUGGCUAAGUAUGUGAAAGCGGAGGGUGUGAUUAAGGAGUUCGGGAACGUGAUGGUCAUCGGAAAAGCUGAUUUGGUGACUUAUAAGGGGCCUACUAUGGUUGCCGCUACGCUUCAUGCCGUGGCGAUUUUGUUGAAGGAAGCUAAAGAUUGGGAUUGGUUUGUGAACCUUAGUGCAGAUGAUUAUCCCCUUAUGACCCAAGAUGAUAUCGUGCACAUCUUCUCGUACUUGCCUAGGGAUCUCAAUUUCCUCGAGCACACGAGUAGCAUUGGCUGGAAAGAAUACCAAAGAGCAAGGCCAAUCAUUAUAGACCCGGGUUUAUACCAUUCGAAGAAAUCUGGCGUAUUUUGGGCUAAGGAGAAAAGAUCGUUGCCUGCUUCUUUCAAGUUAUUCAUGGGAUCAGAAUGGGUGGUGCUGACAAAAUCGUUUCUCGAAUUCUGUGUAUGGGGAUGGGAUAAUCUUCCACGUACCCUCCUUAUGUACUACACGAACUUCAUAUCGUCCCCGGAAGGUUACUUCCACACCGUAGUUUGCAAUCACAAAGAUUACCAGAACACGACCGUGAACCAUGACUUGCAUUAUAUACGAUGGGAUAACCCUCCGAAGCAGCAUCCGAUGACUUUGACGUUGGAACAUUUCGACGACAUGGUUCGAAGUGGAGCACCUUUUGCUCGGAAGUUUGCCAAGGAUGAUGAUUCAGCCCUCAAUAAGAUUGACAAGGAAUUGUUGAGGAGAUCGUACGGUCGUUUUACCCCAGGGGGUUGGUGCGUGGGAGGUUCAAACCCGGGUAAAGAUCCGUGUGUAGUUUACGGGAACCCAAAUGCUGUCAAACCUACUGUAAGUUCAAAGAGGCUUGAGAAACUAUUGGUACAACUUCUUGAUUCUGGAAAUUUCAGAUCAAAACAAUGUAAAUAGUUAUUUUUUGUAAUGUGAUGCUUAAUGUCCCGAUUCUCGAGGUCAUUGGUUGUCAUUCGAUAUUCGAUUCUUGUUCGAUACUAA